CAAAGCUGGAGCAAAACAAGUACAAAGGGGCUGCCGCUUGCUUUUUCCAUUGCGGUCGUAUUUGCUUAGUACAGCGUGUCACGUGGGUUCAUCUUGAGCCGUCGGCGUCACUGAGUCAUGAGCCCCCUGGAGCACUUGGCUUUAAGAGGAGAGAUGGUCACUCAUGCAAAGCCUAGGGAUAUGAAACUAUCAUCUUUAUGAGGUCCUGACCCACCCACCGACCCACCCCACUUGAAGGCCUUGAGAGCUGUGACCAAACUGGUUGAAGCUGUUGCAGUUAGCAAGGACAGCUCAGAAGAUGGCAGAAGAUAUCACAGAUAAAGAAAGAGCCUCUGCAGGCUCUGAACUGAUGGAUCCUGAGAUAACUAUUACAAGGGAAGCAGGAAAUACUGUUUUCAUCCCAAAGUGCAUUAAAGAUAAAAAAUAUACUUUAGCGGCUACUGUCAUCAUCACAACCUUGGUCAUUACUAUAAUUGCAUUGGCUGCCAGAACAACAGAACCCUGUUCACCUUGUCCCCCACCUGUUGAUGCAGCCUGUCCAGACCGGUGGCUUGGGUACAGAGGAAAAUGCUAUUAUACAUCAGAAGACAAAAAGAACUGGAGCAUCAGUGAAACUAGAUGUUCCUCAUUGGGUGCCUCUUUGGCUGCAAUUGAUACCGAAGUGGAUCUGCAUCUCUUGAGGAAUAUUACUCGCCCCUCUCAUUAUUGGAUUGGCCUUUCAAGAGAAGCAGGCCAGGCCUGGAGAUGGACCAAUGGUACAGAGUUCAAAAACCAGUUUACAGUACGAGGAUAUGGCUUUUGUGCAUACAUUAAUGACAAUGGGGUCAGUAGCACCAGGUGCUUUCUGGAGAAGAACUUCCUCUGCAGUCAAGCAGAUGCUUGCACCGGGAGAAAAUGAAACAUCAUCAAAAAGGAUGCCUUGUGAUCCACUUCCAUGAAGGGAGCACUGCCAACUCUUCAGAGAUGCAAGAGACACUGGAAGAACCAGACCCUUUCUACAGACACUUGCUCCAAUAUUAGGAUGCCCAGGCCAUGUGCUACAUUUUCUUAUACCUGUCAUCUGCCUCUAUAAAGCAGGUUUAUCAGUAUAAGAAGCUAGCAUAGCAUAGUGGCAAACAGAGACCGAGCUAUCAGUCAGGAAGUCACCGGGUUUGAGCAUCACCUAUGCCAUAAGCUCAGUGGAUGGCUUUAGGCAUCAGCCAUGGGUUUAACAUACUGCAGCCUUCGCUGUUGGACUCCCAUCAGUCCCAGGCAGCAUGGCCAAUGAUACAGGAUUAUGGGAACUGUAGUCCAAAAAACCUGAAGGGCAUCAGGCUGGGAAGAGCUGCUUUUCAGGGUGGUUGUGAGAUUUACUAAAAUAAUAUAUAUGCAGCACUUUAAAUAAUAAGUAAUGGUAUUGUUGGAAACACAAACUUGUGCCAGCUCUAGGGUUUAUUUUGUAUAUUUUUAUUUGUGCACAAGCCUUAGAGAACUAGCCGUUUUCUCAUUGAAAUUACUGUUGCUUAUAUAUGAGGGUGAAACUCCCUCCUGCUUGUGGGAUCUUCCAUAUAGGGACCCCACUAGCAGGAUGGCCUUCACUGUCAUUCCACAUCCAUGACAACACAUUAAAAAUCAGGCUGCAACUCCAGUGAUGAGGCUGAUUUCCCUAGCAGUUUUCUUUGGUGACCAGGAUCUUUGCGGUGAGAAUGGGGCUGUAACCUCUGAGGUUGUACUUGAGGAUGAAGUUGACUUCACCCUCAGAUUAUAGGGGCACUACACAAAUGCAUACAUUCCUGUGAUUUCAAUGUGACUUAACCUUUCCAAACACUUUAUAGGGUUUGAAGCAACUUGUACUUUAUGCCUAACGCUUUAUAGGGCUUGAAGCAACUUGUACUUUGUUAUAAACAUUCCUGAGGUUUAUUUGUUUUUAUGUUGAAAUGAAGAUAUUCUGUUCCAGUUUGACCAACUCUGUAAGUACUUUGAACUUGAGUUUUUUUAAUUCAUUGGCUUUUGAGAAUUCUUUUUGAAUUGCGGGCAUGUUACCUGUGUGGUUCUUAGCAGAAGUAGCAAUUUAAAAUGCAUUUGUACAAUCAAGCGCCACCCAAGGAUGGGUAACCUGUGGCCCUCCAGAUGUUGUUGGACUACAGCUCCCAUCACCCCGACCAUUGGCCAAGUUGGUUGUUGAUUGAUGAGGGUUAGAGUCCCACAACAUCUGGAGGGCCACAGGUUCCACACUUAUGGUGCAACCCACGCUGGGCCUUCUACCUUCCUGCUUUUCUGCACCAAAAAAUGUAGAAACUUAAUAGGUCCAGAUGGGAAAGAGGGUAGAAAUAGAGAUGAGGACCAGGACUUGGUGGCGUUGGAGAGUUUUUCUGAGGAAAAAGGAGAACAGUGUUUUGCCCACAGAGAAGCCCCCAAAGUGGGCAGAGAAACAAGUGUAAAUUGUACCUUUGUACAGUAGGCCAGUCUAGACACUCACCCACCCCUCUGUCUCCUCCAGCCAGGCAAGCAAAAAACCAUUAUCAGUUCAUGGACGCAUAACAGCUAGGCAAAAGCACUCAAGGCGGGUGCAGAGCAGGGCCAGUGAGGAGCAUGGCCUGGGGAGAACGGUGUGGCAUGAGGCCCAAAAGCCAGUUAGAGAGGCUUGAAGGUCCACAUUCAAUCCCCUUGCUUGAGGUUCUCCAUCCCUGGCCUACAACCUGCUUGCCUACAUCCUAAUGUCACUCUCCAGCUGUUUUUCUUUCCUCUUUCUUUUCUCCUGCCUGCUCUUCUGCUUCUCAUCAUGCUGGUUUUUUAAUUUCCCCCAGCCAACCUCCCUCUGUGCCUUGUGAUGCCCCUUUGUGCUGCCACAAUGAGAUGCACAAGAGCUAGUAGGAAAGGAGGAAGCCAGACGUAUGCAUGGUCCAUCCUACACCUCUAGGCAUCAAGCUUUGUGGUUAGAUGCCUGCUUUCAAUGGGGUCGUACUCCCUCUGAAAGAGCAGGUCCGUAGUCUGGGGGUGUUUCUGGAUCCAUCUUUGUUGCUAGAGGCCCAGGUGACCUUCGUGGCUAGGAGUGCCUUUUACCAGCUUUGGAUGGUAAGACAACUGUGGCCAUUUCUGGACAGGUAUAGCCUGACCACUGUUGUCCAUGCGCUGGUAACUUCUAGUCUGGAUUACUGUAAUGCACUGUAUGUGGGGCUGCCCUUGAGGUUGGUCCGGAAGCUGCAGCUGGUGCAAAAUGUGGCGGCGAGACUGCUCACUGGAGCAGGGUAUCACCAACAUGUCACUCUGCUACUGAAAGAAUCGCACUGACUCCCUAUUAGCUACCAGGCUAAGUUCAAGGUUCUGGUUUAGGUGUACAAUACAGCUUGGGACCAGGAUACCUGAAACACCAUCUUAUCCCUUAUAUACCCACUCGAUCAGUGUGCUCUGCCGAUGAGGGCAUCCUGCAGCUACCAUCUUCCUCCAAGGAGCUCAAAAUGGCAUACAUGGUUCUCCCCCUCCUAAUUUAAUCCCCACAACAACCCUGUGGUGUAGGUUAGGCUUAGAGGUGGUGACUAGCCCAAGAUCACCCAGUGUGCUUCAUGGCUAAAUGGGGAUUUAAACCCUGGUCUCCCAGGUCCUAGUCCUAGUAAAGUACUACUCAUUGAUGGGACUAUAUACAUUAUAAGAAUGAAUAAUAAGCUCUAUGGUUUUCCAUAAUAGUCCGUAUGGUUUUCCAUGUCCUAGUACAGCCUUUCUCAACCUUCGUGUCCCCGGAUGUUGCUGGACUACAAUUCCCAUCAUUCCUGACCAUUGGCCAUGCUGACUGGGGCUGAUGGGAGUUGUAGUCCAACAUCUGGGAACCCAAAGGUUGGGAAAGGCUAACCUGUAUAUUCCUGAUAAGGUUAUAUCAGUGUCUCCUCAAUAUUUAUUGAUUUAAUACUUGGAUAGAGACUGAAAAUAUCUUGAAUUAGUUAUUCUACACAAAAACAUGUUCUUGUAGCCUUCUGACAGAGAAUCAGUUCAUAUGUUCACUGCAGUACAUUUUCCACGUCCAGACCCUGGACGGUUCCUGAGGUUUGAAUAGUCACAUACCAGGUAACAUUCUACCAGGUGCCAUUUUUCCUAUCACAACAGCACUGUGAUGGAGAAAAAGCUAAAACUGGCAUUUCCACCUUCUGUGGAGCUCUUCGUGACCUAACUUGAGAUUGUAAUGUCUGAAAAUAUUUUUCUGGCCCAGGUUGAGAAUGCUCCAGCUGGAAGUUUCAUUCACAGCCCCUGCUGGACAAUUUGCUAUGGUAACUUACUGUUAGGACCAUUUGGGCUGGAGUUGUGGAUUUAGUUUGGGAGAGAGUGUUCUCUAGCCCAGGAGCAGUUUUUGGUCCUAAGUACAACAGGCAGAAGUUACUACUCUCAACCCACAAAGUCCAAAAAUCCAGGCUCCUAGUAUUUAUAGUAGAUCAUCAUGCAACAUACUUCCUGCCAAUUAAGAAGGCCCAUUACAUUCUGGGCCUUGAGAAAGCUCUGAGGCCUAAGCACAUACAGUCUCAGGUACUGGGAUGGCCCAGGACUUUUUGCUACCUGAGGUGGACAAGACAGCACUACUACCACCCUCAUUCCACAUAAAGAUGCAAUCCAGACUGGUGCUUGAUGAGACAGUGCCCUGAGAACUGCAGGCUAGCUUAAGGGAAGCAGAGCUUGUGGCACACACAGAUUUUGUUUUUCAACCCCUCAGUAGUGCUACCCACUCCCCAGCAUCUGCUGCCUGAGGCGGCUGCCUCUAUCUAAUGGCAGGCCUGGCCUUCCUCAGGUAACUUGCUGAGCAAGCCCCUGGCUUUGGAGCUCAAGUCCUGGAAUCCUUGACACCUCCCUUAACUCAACUCUAGCUCAGUUACCUGAAAGUAGGAAUCAGUAGGAGGAUUCAGAAUCAGUAGGGGCAUUCAGACACUACCACCACUCACCUGUUGAAAUAAUACAUGAUGGGGGCCGUAUGAGCCCUGCUAUGCACAGCCACAACACCCGCAUGUUCAGCUGGCAUGUCAAGGGGCUAUUAAGUUACUGAUGUAGGUGCAUCAAAGUCCUCCACAUGGGGGUAGAGGGGGCCUGCCCCAGCCAAGGUACCCCCUCACAUGGAGGAACUCUGCAUGUCCUUCAGUAUAUGGCCAUGCCAGGCAGGGGUAUAUGGCAGUGUUGGGGUGGGGCUAGACUGACUGGCUCCGCAACCCCUCAUGAGUUCUUUCAAUUCAUAGGUGUCAGAACCAGGGAUGCCAGGAGUUACAUUCUCCCAGGUGUGACCUUUCUCAUCACAAUGCUGUGGAGUGGAGGCAUUUCCAAUGAAGCUCUUACAGGAGCCCUCUGAGUCUGUGGCUAGCGAAACCAAAGUAAAAGUGACCUUGCCACCAAGACUGUACAUUACACAACAGGGAGUUAGAUGCUCCUUCCUGGAUUGUUUUGACCUCAUCCUAAUCUUAUUUAUGGCACUAGAGAAUUCUGCCUCUGUACGCUGGCUUUGUCUUCAGUAUCAAGCUCUUAAACAAGGGCAAAAGAGCAACAGCAAAUGACAGGAGUAACCAGAUAGACAUCCACUGCAGUUGGUAGGUUGUAAUUUAGAAUCCAUCUUGUAGCAAUGGUACUUUUAAAAGUGUUUAUUUAACUAAAAUACGUGGUGAAAAUGGAAACGGACAGCCUUCAAGUCGAUCCCAACUUCUGGCAACCCUAUGAAUAGAGUUUUCAUGGUAAGCGGUAUUCAGAGGUGGUUUACCAUUGCCUUCCUGUGAGGCUGAGAGGCAGUGACUGGCCCAAGGUCACCCAGUGAGCUUCAUGGCUGUGUGGGGAAACAAAACCCUGGUCUCCCAGGUUGUAGUCCAACACUCUUAACUUUCCUUUAAAACUCUGCUAAGAGAACUAGCUUUCUGUUUUGUUGUUUUUUAAAGAACUUGCGAUGUGAUGUUUUGGCAUUAACCAAAAAUUGUUUGUUUUGUGCUCAAAGACCUGCACACAUGGCAACAUAACAAAUUUGAAUUCUGAAUUAUUCAUGUAUUGUCUUUGUCUUUUUUGGAAUAAUUCCAUUACAAAAACCAUACGCAGUGUUGAGAACAGGGUUCCACCAUCCCUUUAAAAGUGUGUGGAAGAGGACAUGUCCUUACAGGGGCUUUUCCAAGGCAUGUCCUCUUUGAUUGGCUUGGGAACCUCACAGGUUUCAUGUGGGUUCUCUUUGGCCAUGGGUAUCCAUGCAGCAGCAUGAGACAGUAAAACACUGAGGUAGUGGAGUGCACCAUUUCAGACUGCAGAUGGGUGAUCACAUUUUAAUGCAUUAAAAAAAAACACCUCCAUGCAAUGUUUUUUUAAAAUCCAGGACACUACUGAGGGACAAGCUAGGGCCUUUAUUUCUGAUGUGCUUGUGUUCUCUUCAUAGGGUAUUUAAAAUGGGUCAGGGAGGGGAGUCUGUUCUACCACCUCAUUCUGCUGAAUGUAUAGACGGGCCUUAAACCAGGGGUAGCCAAUAUGGUGCUAGCCAGAUAUUGUUGGACUACAACUCCAGUCAGCCCACGACAGCAUUCCCAGUAGUCAGAGAUGGUGAGAGCUGCAUCUGGAGGACACCAUGUUGGCUAGCCCUACCUUAGACAGGACCUUUGUUGUCUCCAUGGAAAUCUGUCCCCAAAGUGUGGGAGUGGGUUGGCUGUUCCCUCUUAAUCUAUCAAGGUGAAAUAAGAUCUGGACAAGGCUUCCAGUGCUUUCAGUCUCAUCCUGUAAUGAGUCUACACUCAGAACUAUAUUUAGAUGGUACUGCACCCCAGUUAGACUCUCAGUUAUGAACCCAAACUUCUCUCCACAAUGCUGGUGUCAUAAAGUUAGAGGCACGUAUUUCUACCCCUUGUGGAAAUGUCCAUUAGUGGCAGAACUCUGGGAAAUGGUUUUCACUGAAAUUAAUUUACUUAUGGAAUAAUAUCUCUGGCCUAUAACCUCUAGCAUUGUUGGGGAUGUGAGAUGGACCAAAUGAGGGAGGUAUUAAGAAUUGAUCCAAUACAUUCAUAGCAGCAUGAAUGACCAUUGCUAACAAAUGGAAGCAUUUUGAGAGAAGAGGCAUGGGAUAGCCAGGUUUCAUUUUUAGUUAUUACAGAAAAAAUUAACAUAAAAGCUAAGAUUAAGUCUGGGACAAAUAAAGACUUUUGUAAAAAUCUGGCAAAAUUUUGUUUUACAUAUGAAUAACUUGGGUCCAGCUAGAUGUGCUACUAUUUUGAAUGUUUAAUGGUUCUUGAACUGUACAACUGUAAUGCUGCCUAACUAAGAUUUUUUUAUUUUGGACCCUUCUUGAAUAUCUGCAA